GGCAACGCUGCCAACUGUCAAAUUAACUCAUUUCGGUUUUAAUUUUAACAUUGUUUUAACUUUUUUGUAGUGCACAAAUGUACAAUUAUUUAAACACUGCAGCGGAGCGUAAAGUUGUCACAUUUGAAAACGGCAAUAGACGCACAAUUGCGCUCUAAAUUGCCAAUUAGCCGCACACACAGACACACUGAGAGGGCAAGCAACGUGCAACUUUGGAAGAUUACCGAACAAAUUGUUUAAAUUGUUGUUGCCACUAAAUUAAGCAGACAUAUAGAUGUUAAAGUUUAUGAUAAACGACGCCGUUGGCUAUGCGCGCACCAAUGUGCGAGAGUUUAGUCUCAAUGCGUUGCGACUAUUGCCACAAUUGCCACAGCUAAGUCCCUACGAUGUGAAUCUGGCGCUAAAGGAGAACGAGUUUGUGUAUAAUUUUCCAGUGGAAGGCAUAAUACACAGCUAUGAAACAAAUCAGCUUGGCUCCAACUCACCCUGUGAGGAUUCACGCACCGAGGCAAGUUUGCUUCAUCGCAAUGGCUUCAUAUGCGGCAUCUUCGAUGGACAUGCCGGUGCUGCCUGCGGUCAAGUGGUAUCCAAGCGGCUGCUGCGCUAUAUAUCAGCGGGCACGCUGCCGCGUCAGGUGUUGAAGGAGCAGCUCAGCCAGGGCUGCAGCAGUCAGAGCUUCCUCAAAUGCCACAACGAUAAUGUGGACUUUGUGAGCGAAAUACGUCCCAUCUAUGAGCACAGCUUCCAGCAAUAUAUAAAGCAAUUAAGCAAUGAGCCGCAACGUGAUGUGGCCAGCGAACUGCAGCAUGCGUUUGUGCAGUUGGAUGAGCAUUUAUCUCAGGAAGCGCUGACCACCAGCGAUGUGCGCACCAUGGGCGUCGCCUUGUCGGGCGCUGUAGCUUGUCUGGUGCAUUUGGAGGGACUGCAGCUGCAUGUGGCCAGCACUGGAGAUUGCGGCGCUGUGUUGGGCGUGCUGGAUCCACAGACCAAUCAAUGGCAGCCCAAGAAACUGAACAACGAACAUAAUGUAGAUAAUUUGCAAGAGGUGCGACGCAUACUUGCGGAGCAUCCACGGGAGGAGCAAGAGACCGUUAUACGCAAUGGCCGCCUCUUGAGUCAACUGGCGCCAUUGCGUGCCUUUGGCGAUUAUCGCUACAAAUGGUCUGUGGACACAAUGCAACAAAAGGUGGUGCCCAUGUUCGGGGAGCAGGUGAUGCCACCCAAUUAUUAUACGCCACCGUACCUGACUGCUCGUCCGGAUGUGCAGCAGCACGAGCUGUGCGCCAACGACAAAUUUCUAGUCAUUGCCAGUGAUGGACUGUGGGACUUUCUAACGCCCAGCGAAGUUGUUAGUCUAGUGGGCGAGCAUAUUAACUCCAAAAAGAUUCUCGAACCCAUGCGCCUGCCGCCCGGCGAGGUCAAGCUCAAGCAGAUAUCCGCGCAGUUAGCGGAACGCAAAGCUGGCCUUACCCGCAAGCCCGUUGAUCAGAAUGCUGCAACGCAUUUGAUACGCCAUGCCCUGGGCGCCACGGAUUAUGGCAUUGAGCAUUCGAAGAUCUCAUACUAUUUGUCGCUGCCCAAGGAUGUGGUGCGUCUGUAUCGCGACGAUAUCACCAUUACCGUCAUCUACUUCAACUCGGAGCAUAUUGCCAAGCUGAAAGGCGAUCAGUCUUCUUCGCAGGCGCCAGGCGCUUGAUUGUGUGCCUCAAGUCCAAGUUAAACAUUAAUACUAUUUAUUAACUAAGAAGUUGUUGCGUUUAAGUGUUGUUUGUAGAUUUUUAAACUAAAGAGCAAAACUGUUUUUUUGUUAUCAUUGUCCUUUGAGCAGGACGAUGGCCAGCGCUUGCCGCUGGCUCUGAAAUGCAAUUAAUAAUAAAUUGAAAUAAAUACGAAUAUACCUCGCUUAACGGCUACAAAUAGUUCUU